AUGACCACGCGUGCAGAGUUAGCUACCCAAGCUUGUGACAUCUGCCGGAAGCGCAAGGUCAAAUGCAAUGUGACUUCGUCAUCGGCUGAUGCCCCUUCCAGAUGUGGGCGCUGUGCUAGAUUGGACCUGCCGUGCACCUUUCUAUCUCCAUCCCGGACGCGAGGCCCGAAGAAACGUUCACGUACAAGAUCUCCGGCACAAACGCAGCUAGAUGGAGAGAAUGGGGAGGCCCGGGUUUUGGGUGCCAUCAAUUAUCCCACGGAUGAUCUGUGCGAUCGACACCUAUUUUCCUGCAUCAUGCAGGACUAUUUGGAUUACCUGUAUCCACUGAUUCCAAUAGUGCAUCGGCCGUCGUUUCGACAGUCUUUGCAGGAGAACCAUGAUCGCGAGGACAGCGGAUUCCUUGGGCUCGUCACCGCUAUCGCUGCGGUGGUCAUCGCCACAAUGCCUAGCAGAUUUCAUUCCUAUCGAUGUGCGACCCCGCCCUUGAGGUUCACGUCACGAAGGGACAUGGUCCGUCAUUGCUAUGACAGAAUUUUGCGGCUGAGGGAUUCGACCUACUUCGACCACAUUAACUUUCAGAAGUUUGCCAUCUCGUACUUGCUGUAUGCUGCAUUUCGGCAGUUGGGUGACCAUAAUUGGUCCCGUAUGUUAGAUGUGGAGGCAACACAACUUGCUCGCUUGUUAAACCUCCAUCGUAUCUCUGAAUAUGAUGGGCUUAAUUGCAUCGAGACUCAACUGCGGAAGAAGGGCUUUUGGUUGAUUUUCUACGGAUUCGUCCAUAAUCAACUGCAGAAUGUGCUGGGAGAGCGAUUGUCAUACCUGGACCCCAUCCUUCUUCAUUCCAUUAAUCCGGAAGAGCUCAUGCCACUCGAAGUUGAUGACGAGUUUAUCUUCGAGAACGAGGUGCUUAUGCCACCAUCCCAAGCUCCAUGCCUAGUAACGGGCUUUAUCCUCCACUCUAAAGUGUUCUGGGCCGCGAUCAGGAGCACCUGUCCAGAAUCACCGGCUGGCCCAUGUCCCUGCGUGAGGGCCCGCGAUUCAGCCGUACAGAUUUCUUACAUCCAGGAUCGUCUUCACAAUUUACGGUUCUUACUGGAUGACAUCCCACCUCUCCUCCGGCCAUGGCAGCCAUCGGAUACCGAGGCUAUCGCUAACGGUGGGUGUACUGGUGUGACGGAGAUGACGCAGUCACAUUUUGCUUCUAUGCGAGUAAACCUACAUGUCACACACCUGUGGCUACAAAGCUUGCUUUUCGAUCAGCUGGAGGCAGCGCAAGCGCACAAAUCAGAGCCAUCGUUAACAUCUACCGACCAUGCACAGCCAAUGCUUCAUGCAAAGGCGUUGUGGCUCCAGAGGGAGGAUCUUUGUCGUCAACUAUUCUGCAUCCUAUUCAGCCUGCCCCAGAUCAACUUGGAAGCGAACGGUCUACAUUUGGCGUACAAAGUCCGUGAUAUCGCGGCGGGCCUGCUGGUAUGCCCAUUCCAUCCUGCUGGCCCGGAAGCGGAGCGAGCAACCGAGUACCUACGACAGUCAACCGACAUCCUGUCCCGCAUAGACAGUAGCGAAAGCAUGGGCACAAUGCAUCUACAAACAUGGAUAGAUACAGAUCGAAUA